AAAACCCAAAAAAAAAUAUAACCAUGUGAACGAAACAUUGUAAUGAUAAGUGUCAGAGGUCUGGUGUAUGUGAUGAUCAAGAGUGCGUUAAUCGUGGCCUCCUUCACUAUACCGAACCCCGUGGUUGCAUUUACAGGCCUCAAGCACUGGUCCAGGAAAGCAUUGUACAAUAAGAUCGACCUCUGCACCCAAUCCUGCUACAGCCAGAUCAUCCCUGGCCUCUACCUGAGCAAUGCCAGAGCGGCCGCAGACCGCAAUGUGCUUCGACAGCUUAACAUCACCCACGUUCUUACGGUUGAGGCCCGCCGGCUACCGAAAUCAACUUUCGUUGAUUCCAACAUCUGCACGCUGUUCAUUAGGGCCAACGACACUCCUCAAACCAAUCUCCUACCCUACUUCCCAAUGGCCAACGCUUUUAUUGAGGAAGGACUGCAAAAGGGAAACGUCCUUGUUCACUGCCAUUUCGGAGUAUCACGAUCGGCGACGUUAGUGAUUGCGUAUAUCAUGCAGAAGUACAACCUGAGUUUCGAGCAGGCAUUCAACUAUGUGCGGCAGAGGAGAAAGUUUAUAAACCCGAAUCCAGGGUUCGUUGGUCAGCUGAAGCAAUACCAUAAGAUGAAUUAUGACGUAAACGGCUUGCAUAGAUUCGAGGCCUACAUGAAUGUAAAUGCGAGAAGGCAUAGAUACAAGAUAGCUUCCAUCGCAGCUGUAGUGGUGGGGCUCAUUCUGCCGUUGGCGGUGAUGGUUGGUUGA